GAAAGGGAAAGAAUCAGACAUGAGAGAGAAAGUGAAGAGAGAGACACUGUUCCUCCACUGGGACUGACCCCCAUUUGUCACUUCAAACUUAAUGCUCUCUCUCUCCCCCACAGCUUCUUCCACUUUCCUGUUGAAAUCCAUAACAAAAAAUUCACCAUUUUUCAUUGUCAUAUUCUGUGGCAAUGGGAGCAGAAAACGGUGAUUACAAGAAGACGGAGCGCAUCGUAUUGGCUACAGUCCUAGUUUGUGCUUCUCUCGCCGUUGCUUCUUUGCUGGUCGCAUUCAGCUACUACUGCUACUUAAGAUACAAGCUCUCUAAGCGAUUCAAGACCCAACAGAAAAGAGUUCACUAUGAGGAGAAAGCUAGCAAUUUUGGCAACAUCCAAGUUGCGGCUGAAAGAGGGCUUCAAGUCUUUACUUUCAAACAGCUGCAUUCGGCCACCGGUGGAUUUGGAAAGUCUAAUGUCAUUGGACAUGGUGCUUUCGGAAUGGUAUAUAGGGGAGUUCUCCAAAAUGGGAGGAAAGUUGCAGUUAAGUUGAUGGAUCAAGCUGGAAAACAGGGAGAGGAUGAGUUUACAGCAGAGGUGGAGUUGUUAGGCCGGCUAUGUUCACCGUACUUGCUGUUGUUGAUCGGCUACUGUUCAGAGAGCAACCGUAAAUUGCUGGUUUACGAGUUCAUGGCCAAUGGAGGACUGCAGGAACAUUUGUAUCCCAUCAGUGGUAAUAAAACUGUUUCUUCAAAUUUAAACUGGGAAACUCGGUUGAGGAUAGCUUUAGAGGCAGCCAAAGGUUUGGAGUACCUCCACGAACAUAUUAGUCCACCAGUAAUUCAUAGAGAUUUCAAAAGCAGCAACAUCCUUCUCGACAAAAACUUUCAUGCCAAAGUUUCUGACUUUGGACUGGCCAAGCUUGGGUCUGAGAAAGCCGGUGGGCAUGUUUCAACACGAGUCUUGGGCACCCAGGGAUAUGUUGCACCUGAAUAUGCUUUAACUGGGCAUCUGACCACAAAAUCAGAUGUGUAUAGCUAUGGAGUAGUCCUUCUGGAGCUGCUGACUGGCAGAGUUCCAGUUGAUAUGAAAAGGCCUCCUGGUGAAGGUGUUCUUGUGUCUUGGGCUUUGCCCCAGCUUACAGAUAGAGACAAGGUUGGUGAGAUUAUGGAUCCGGCUUUAGAGGGUCAGUAUUCAAUGAAGGAGGUCGUCCAAGUUGCCGCAAUUGCUGCUAUGUGUGUGCAACCAGAGGCUGAUUAUAGGCCACUGAUGGCUGACGUUGUGCAGUCACUCGUCCCUUUAGUCAAGCAUCAUAGACCUACAAAGGCAGGUAACUUUCCCAGUUUUCACGCCAUGCAGUCUCCUGAUGCAUAGGCAGUUAAGAAAUUCGGGUGGAAACUGCUAGUUUCAGAUAGUAUUCCUCCCAUAUUUCUCUAAUCUAACAUGAUAAACAUUCCUUGCGACUCUUGGGGCUUGUCUUGAUUUUAGCAGUUGGUCAUUGAAGGUAGAAACUACAUAGAUCAGUAGACUUUCAGGGGAGGAAGACUCCUUUACUCUGUAGAACUUUUAUUUAGGAUUGGAGCUUAUUAACUAGUGAUUAAGAUUGGGAUUUUACUAAAACUCAUAAUUCACAUGUGAUUAAGAAGUAUAUGUACUGGUACUAACUUGUUUCUGUGCAAUGUUGAUCAAAUGUAGUUUAAUUUCAUA